ACUGUUUAUUUUUUAGUGUCCUUAAGAGAGUAACUUGUAACAAAACAUUAUAUGUUAAUAUGGAACUCUUUUGAUACUGUGUAUGUACGAAUAAAAUGGAAUGUUUACAAAUUUUUAUACUUUGAUCUUGUAAAGAUCCUUCAAGGGUCGGUUCGGGAGAUGUAAUCUGUUACGGCGUACAUCUUAGCUCUUCAUUGCGGUAAAACUGCUGUAACAGUGUACAUGCGUUUAAGUAUGAGAGUUAUAUUUUUCCUAUCUUUUUUAAUGAGUUGUGGGUGUAGUGAUAUAAUAUAUAGGCUAAAUGACACAGAAUAUUCUAAAAUGCCGCCUGUCUUCCACUUGGAUGAUUAUGACGACUGUAUGAUAAACCCCCAAGGCUUGUACUGCUUUGUAGACGUCAAUUUGGUUUCCGACAGUCCCAAUGAAGUCUUAGUUAUGAUACAAAGAUAUUCGGCGCAAACAAAAAAACAUUUCAAUCACUCCCAACUUCAUCACGGUAAAUGUGUUACACAAAAAUGUAAAAAAUACAUACAAGAUCUAAAUGAAACCGAUUUGAUCAGCAACCAUCACCUCACGACUGCUCUGGAGGGAUGUUUCAAUGAAUCCCUAUGGCAGGACUAUAGACUCAAAACGAGAGUAUCACACGUAUUUUGCGUCGAUAACAAAAAGGAAGUUGUUUUUGACGCUGGCGAUAUAGCGUUGGGCGUAUUUAUAUUUAUUGUUCUGGCGCUAAACGUGAUUGGAAGUCUCUACGACGUCGUUUUGAUAAAAGGCAAUAAAAAUCAAGGAAUAAAGCCUUUGCUAUGUUUCUCCGUGCCACGUAAUUACAGAAUGCUUUUGUCUCAUCACAAAAAAUCUGAUGUGGUCCUUUCUGAACAACGCUUUGUUAUUUUCGAUGGUUUGAAAACCAUAACGAUGAUGUGCGUUAUUUAUUGUCAUUCACUCAUGAUGUUUGCUUUUGAACCUGAAAAUCCUCAUCAUAUCGAACAGCUUUAUGACAACAUUCUACAUUAUAUAUUCCUGAAUGGAUUCUUAGUUGUCCAGACAUUCUUCAUAAUAUCGGGAUGUCUCAUAUCUUAUAAACUGGAAUUGUACGCAGAGAAACAUAAAGUAAAAUGGAAUUUGAUACCAUUAGCGAUUUUAAUGACUUGGAUAAAACUAACUCCCUCCUACAUGAUUAUAUUAGCAAUUUCUACAACAUGGUUGAGGCACGCUGGAACCGGCCCUUUCUGGGAGAUAAGUGUUGCCAAAGAGGUGGAGGAUUGUCGACAGAAUGGUUGGACAAACCUAUUGUAUAUCAACAAUUAUAUGGUCAAUUCCCAAUGCCUUGGACAGUCAUGGUAUUUAGGGGCCGCCAUGCAGCUAAGUAUAGUAGGAUACAUUGUUUGCGUAUUACCAAACACCGUUAAGGUCAGGAACAUUGCGCUAACGAUUCUCUUCGUGAUUGGUGUUUUAACACCAGCAGUUCACACUUACUACCAAGACUUGGAUGCUGUUCUCAUGAUUACACCUGAAACAGCUCGAGUAUUUGAGGGGAACCCCACAUUUAAUUAUGUAUACAGAAUGGGUCACACAAACAUCACGAAUUUCAUCGUGGGCAUUGUUUUAGGAUAUUCCAUAUAUAGAUGGCAGAAAACCGGAGAAACAUUUCAAAGAUAUAAAAAACAUCGUUAUUUGCUUCUGUUGACUUUCCCAUCUAUUAUUGGAAUGAUGUUCAUUGGGAGCGUAUUUUACUUGGAUCAUCUUAACGCCCCGGUACUCGUCAAAGCUAUAUAUGCUGGUAUUGUUAAGCCAAUAUAUGGAAUCAUUAUGUCGGUACUAAUUAUAGCAGCCGUUUUUAAAUUAGAAAAUGUUUAUCGAGCUAUUUUCGAGUCGAGUAUUUGGAGGAUACCAGCAAAACUGACGUACUGUGCCUACAUAAUACACGUAACGAUAAUACGCGCUGUCGUCGGGAAUCGGACAACCUUGGCUACAUUUUCAAACAUAAAUAUGAUUGAAUUCUCAUUAGCAUGUAUAUCAUUGACAUUCAUAUUGUCAGUGCCGUUUUGGUUACUCAUAAAUACGCCUCUCACUCAGCUACUUAAGUCGUGUGUUAGUUGUUUGUUACAAAUGAAAGAGGCUCAUGGAACAGAAGAAGAUUCUAGAACGGAUAAGAACAGUGUUACUCUUGAAGUAAAGAAUGAAAUUCAAAAGGAAGUGGCUGAAAACGUUGCUUCGUAAAAACUUUGUCGUCAACAGUAAUUUUUUGCAGGUUGUGGAAAUGAAACAUGAUAUUUGUAAUAAAAGUUUUGAUUUA